GUGGUGACCCACACGGCCCCCGCGUUCUUCACUUUCCACCUCGGCAACGCCUUCGAGCGCCCGUCUGGAACCAGCUCCGGAACCGAAAUUUGCCUGGAUUUUAGUGUGUACGAUGACCCUGAGAUCAUUAACGAUCUGUCCCUGGAUCGUCUUAAAGCCUUCCCGGGCAAAGACGAGAACGCGUACGGCAAUUUUUUCGAGUUCCCGGCCAUCAACCCACGAUUCCGGGGGAAGCCGUACAGGUACAUGUACGGCACCGCUGCCAUACGACCGACCAAUAUGGGCAACGCGCUGGCUCGUCACGACCUGGAAAAAGGGAGCAGUUUUGUGUGUUCCAUACCGGGAAGCAUGCCAGGGCAGCCCAUUUUUGUGCCGCGACCCGACGGGUCAACCGAGGAUGACGGAGUGCUGCUGGCCCCGAAGAUCAUGCCGGGCGGGAGAAGCGUAUUGUGUGUGUAUGACGCAGCGGAUAUGAGCGGGCUGGCGAACGUGGACUUGCCGUUUAAGGUGCCGUACCGAUUUCACGGCGCUUACGUGGCAGCGAAGGACUAA